UGACAUUUAUGUUGACGUUAAUGUCAACCUAAAUAAUUUUAUAUUUAUUUAGCAAAAUUCUAAACUACUAAUGCAAUAAACAAACAAACCAGUUACUUAAGCUACAAGUUUUUCAAACGACAAUAAUAUGUGCGAAAAUGGGUCAGAAUACGGCGAAAUGGUGGAUCCAAGAGUACAUAUCGAACUAGAACGCCUGAAUAAUGCAACCGAUGAAAUAAACAAGCUGGAAGUGGAACUAGACGAGGCUCGAAACAAUUUUCGCCAACUGUUAUGUGAUAGUACAGCCAGGGUAGAGGCUAUAAGGGCCAAACUGGGUAUAUGCGUUGAGAGAGCAAGACCUUACUACGAGGCCAGGUUUACUACAAACGAGGCUUUGAAACAAACGCAAAUCGCUGCUAUGAAGUUUGAGAGGGCCAAUAGUGCGCACAGUGCAGCUAGGGAGAUGGUGUAUUUGGCCGAACAGGGUUUAGGAGGGAGAACGCUAGACCCUGCUUGGCAAGAAAUGUUGAACCAUGCAACACAAAGAGUUAACGAUGCUGAAACAGACAGGAGUAUAGCAGAGAGUGAGCAUCGAUUCGCUUGUCUUAAACAUGAAGCUGCCAAUACAAAAGUACAAAGUUUACAGAAAGAUUUGAAAAGGGCCAUUAAUAAAAGCCGUUUGUCCAUAAGAAGGUCCUUUAUGAAAAUGAGUAACAUUUUGUCACAACAUGAGUUUAUGUUUGUACCGUACUACGAGAUGAAAGCGCACUUCUACCAGCUCCUCGACGCGCAAAAAUACCGCAUCCAAAAGCUGGAAUCGCACGUGGGCCAAUCGAAACUAACUUACUCGCAGGCCCUGCGAAACCUCGAACAAAUCUCGGACGAGAUCCACCAGACGCGUCGCAAAGCCUCCUUGAAGCUCACUGCACACACCGUCAAACAGGGGAGCAUCGACUCGAACGAGUCGCUUCUGGACGACGCGCAGGACCUCAUAGACGAGUACAAGGGUCUGCCCGGCAGACUGACGGGCAAAUCCGAUCCGAUAACGUGCAACUUGGAGGAGAUCGACGGGUACAAGAACGCGAACCUGGACUCGCCCGAGUCUCCGCAAAGCGAUUGCGAGAAAGUCGAUCCGAGUCUGGCUCCGAGUCAGUCGAGCGAGUGGACCGAGAUCAAUCUGGACAGUUCCAGCCCGGAAGAGGAGAAAUCCGGCGAUGGUAACGCGGAGAAGUCGAAGCUCUUCAGGCAGAAAACCAUGCCGACUUCCAGCGAGUUUUCGGCGUUAAAAAAUAAGAUGAAGUUGGAUACUAGUAUAACCAAUUGGAUUACAAGGUCUGCUGUGAAGAAUGAAGAGGUUUCGUUUAAUAGUAGUAGAAGACAAAGUUUGGAUAAUCUACUGGGACCAACGAGCGAAAAGAUGAAAGAAAUUUUCUCGCACGGCAUGAUGAUGCUGAACAUUGGCUCGAUGACUGAAAGAAGAAAUAGCGAACCAAAGGUUGGCAUUACCGAAUCCAAGGGCGUCAAAAAGUUACCCAGCCCUUUGGAAAAAACCCUUACAUAUCUGACCGUGGAGGACGAUAACUCGGAUACCGAGAGUGUAUCAAGCGUGGACAUGUUAAAUGAUGACCAAAUCGCAUCGUUAAUGUUGGAUAAAGAUAUCGGAGCAGUUUGUGAAGAAUUAUUGGGUACCCCUAUAUCCGAGGUAAUUUCAUUUCCCCAUGUAGCCAUCAAACCAAAUAAAUUUUAGUCAAUUUAUUUUUAACUAAUUUUAGUCUAAAGUUGUCAAAGUGUACCUUUUAUUUUUAUUAUACAUAAUAUGUGAUUAGUAAAAAAUUAAGACUAACUUUACUGUUCCUUUCAGUCUUUUUAGUUAAAACUGUUAUUUUUUUUAACUUAAUUUUUAAUUAAAUAGGUAUACAAAAUCAUGUAGGUAUUAUAUAUGGAAUUGUACAAAAUAGUCACAAAUUGAAUAAGUGAUAUUUUACUAUAUUUAAAAUGUAUCCAAAAUAAUUAUGUUACCUUUCUCUAGUCAAAUUAGAAAAUUUCGUUAUUUAUGUCUUAAUGCCUGUUAUCUAUUUAUUAGUUUUAACAUUUCAAUCUAAUUGCAAUAAAAACGUACUUAAAGCUUUUAAAGCUUCUUUUUCGAGUAGAUAUUAAAAAACUUUGAAAAGCAAUAUUUUAAUGUUGAAACAUUGUUAAACAAUUAUAAACCUAAUAAAAGUAUUGUGAUUACCAA